GAUGUGCAUCGUUUUGCAACUGAUGUGCAUUUAUUAUGUUUGUGUCUUGUUGUUACAUUCUUUGGUUAUGAUAAAAACGGUUUGAGUUAACUGUUCCAAAUAGCAUGACUAUAGUAUCACACAUACUGAUUCUAGCUUUAACUGUUUGAAAUGAUCCUGAUGAUACUAUUGUAAAUGUCUGGUUAUAAGACACACUUUUUUCCCUCAGAUCUCGAUAUAAAAAAAUGCCUGUGUCAAGUAACAGUAACAAGCUUUGGACAUUUUUUCUGAGGUUGAUUUCAGGCCAAAAUUGGCUCUUCAGAGGAGUAAAUGGUGCAAAAACUAGUUUGUUUAGAUUUAUGUAGAUAGGGAUGUCACUCGCGUCAUCACCAUAGAGUUUGCACAUGUUAAAACGGCAUUUGAAGAUCAUGAUUACCAUAUACGGUGUAUCGCAACACGUUUAUUAGUUAAAAAAAAAUAUUGUACGAUUAAAAUUAUCCAAUAUUAUUUUGUAUUUAACAAUAAUUAAACAUGCAUCUAAAGAAGCAAAGCUGUGCACUGUUGAAAUAUUUUUUGUCAGUGGUAUGAUAAGGUGUGAAAAACAUGCACUGCCUUCAAGCAGUUUAACGUACCAUUAGUACAAACUGUUGCGAAAAUGGUCUUGUUUUUUAACACUUGCCAACUUUUAACAAAAUGGAGCAUCAUUUUUUAGAUGAUCAUGGAACUAUUGUUACAGAAAACCGUGCUGAUGCUGUGUUUUUUUAAACAGAAUAGUAACACUUAACAGUAUAAAGUCAAUUCUACACAUUUUUUUCAUAAAUCUGCUGUGUGUUCCUGUGUGCUGUCUACCCUGAUUUUGUCCAUGUAGUACACAUUUUUGGGGUCCAAUUGCCAACUGGGGUCUCCCACUGGCUGCCAUCGCUGACAUGAACAAGGACCCAGAGAAGAUCAGUGGCAAGAUGACCACAGCUUUGUUUUUCUACUCGUGCCUUUUCAUGAGAUUUGCCAUCAAAGUUAAGCCUAGGAACCUACUGCUCUUCUCCUGUCAUUUUACCAACGCGUCUGCACAGCUCAUCCAGGGUAGCAGGUUCACAAAUUACUAUUAUGUGUUAGAUGAUGAAGAGAGGAAGAAGUACACCGAGUUCUUUAUACAGAAACACUCUGGCGAUGUCCAUGUGCACGUGCCCACCGAGCUGCCAGCAUUCGAGGGCGACGCUAGCAUCCACAUCCCAGAGCAGCAUCACUCUGGCCUCUUAGGAAAGAUAGAAACCAUACUUGAGGAGAAGGCCAGCAAGGAAUAAUGACUCAUGUAUGGAUAGGACUGUUUUUAUGUUAAAAUUUGUUAUCAAAAUUGUGAUCUUAUUUUUAAUUAAUUAUGCUGAUAAGUGGUCUUUGGUAAAAAAAAAUUGUUGUUAAGUGUUUGCUGAUUUCUUUUAAUGCUGUGAUUGCUUAGUUAGGUAGGGACAAAUUAGGGUAUAAACUUUAGGGUAUAUAUGUUUAAUGGGUCUGCCUGAAAUUGAUAUUAAGUUUUUCUGUAUUUUUCUAGUAUGUGCCAUGCAGUGCAAAAAACAUGUAUCUAUUAAAUGUUGAUUUAAAUCACUACUAAAUAUUGAUUUUAAGAUGAAAAUAAUUUAAUUUAGAUCAUCUUUGUAAUAUAUACAAAUCUCAUAUAUCUUUCAACAUAAUUUUAUAUCGAGUUUCUGGGGUCAUAUUCACAAAACAUCUGAAGUUAAGGUUUUUAUCUUUUCCUCAAAAUUGACAAUUUCAUCAACUUAAAUCGUUCCACAUGUAGCUUAAGUUUUACUGUAUACAUGGAAGUAAAGGUCACCAUUAAUAGUAUUGUAUAAACUUUGUCCACGCAAAAACUCGAAAACAGGUGAGCAUUACCAUUUAAAGUCUUUGCGACCAUUAAAAACCAUCACAAUUUUCAAAAUUACAUCUCAGUUAUUCCUAUAAUGCCAAAUAAAAGUACAACAUCUAUAGUUCCUCAUCAUUUCUAAACAUAUGAUGGAUCCGAGUUGUUUAGAAAAGUAUGAUGAUAUUGAGAUGAUGUUUUGUGACUGUCACUAAAAGCGUUUAAGAAAAUUGGAAGUUUUCAGCCGAUUUUCGAACAAAUCUGGAUCUGUUCUAUUGUGAGUGUUCUUAUAUGACUGAAUAGGAGGCACUGAUGCCAUGAUUGAGCUGAUUCAGAGACACAAAAAAAUACAAAGAAUGUCAAAACUGUCAAUCAGUGAGGGUGCAGCUAUAAGAUAAUUUUUAAGUUGCUUUAUUAAUAUGAACCCAGAUUUUACCAUGCCUAAGAAUUUUAUAAAAAAAUAUGCAUCUAGGUGUUUGUUAAUUUUUAGUGAUUCUUACGUUACAGUGUUUGACCUGCUUGAUGUUAUUUUGCUGUUGUUUUAAACGGACACACUGUAUCAUUUAUACACAGAACUUUUAGUGUGAAAAUGUAGUUAGAGUUAGAGCUUCAUUCAUUCACUUGUUUAACCAGUACUGAAAUAUUCUAGAAAACUAAGAUAUAUUUCAUUUUGUAUUCUAUUAGUUAUGUAACUAUAUGUGUACUGGUUGUACUAGGCACUAAUGUCAUAUAUUUUCUUCAUUUAGUGUCGGUUGACUUGAUAUGAGCGGUUGCCUUUCAAGUGGGGGUUUCAGAAUUACUUAUUUGGUAUUACCAGAAUUUCAGGAUUCAUCUAACUGAAAUCAAAGCCUACGCAUUUACUGUUUGUACAGUAUCAUUGAUAUAACACACUGAAGUAAAAAAAAUAAGAAUAUGAUAGUAAUUCGCAGAACAGAUUUUGCAUAGUAUGUAACGAAAUGAUUAUGAAUGAAUUCAACCAGGAAGCAACAAUUUUGUAUGGGUUAAAAGGUCUUUUUCUAGGGGUGGCUGGGGGGGAUUAAAAUACUUGAGUUAUUCCCCAUGAUUGAUUGAGAUAAUGGACGGGUAUUUGCAUCGAUUUGCUUUAUUCUUAUUUUGGAAAAAAGGGUAAACAUAACUAUCUCAUAUUUCUCCGGAAUUAUAAAGAAGGCAUUAUUAAAGGUCCCAACUCACAGCAGUAAUACUUGUGCUCGAACCAUCCAAAUAUAACUUGGGAGUUUUGCUGUUAAUGAUUACCAGUACUAAAUAUUUACAUUCACACUUCAUUCCUCAACGAUGGUUGUUGUUUAUCAAUUGCACUUUAUUUCUGUAUAAAGUGCAAUGGCAUUUCCCAUCGAUAUCGCGUGCGUUUGUUCGAUACUUCUGUCCUGUCAUUGGGCACAAUAAUACCAAGGUGCGGGGCAUAUUUACUACGGAACUAUUUUUUUUAAUGAAAUCGUAGUACAAUUAUUGGCAACAUGCAAAACUGUAAUCUGCAGUAAAGCAGUUAAAACAAAAUAAGCAACGAUUAUUUGAUUGAUUUUAAUGUAGAUAAUUUCAUGAUGGAUGGAACAGUUGAACAAACGUUUGUGUUUAAAAAUACUGCUAAAUGUCACGAAAAUGCAAAAACAGUUUAAAUAACCUCUAUAACAGGUGCUUGUAUGACGUCUUGAGUGAUGUCAUUGAAAAAGUUUUACAUUAAGCUCGAUUCGGGCCGCAACAUAACUCGGCAGCUGCAUUUUGUUUCGACGCCACAUUUGCAGUGUUCAUUCGUUUUGAAAGUGUUGUUUUUUUUGAAAAUUGACUGGAUUACUGGGAUUAUUUAAACACAAUAACUAUUGGGUAAUCAAUUAAUUACCUAUUCAGUCCUACUUUAACCAUUAUUUGUUUUGAUAACUUAUUUAAGCCUGAACAUUUUGUAAACAUGUUCUUGAUAAAAUGUACAGCAUCUUCAGCAUCAUACGUAAAACAAAAAACCAGGCAUUAACGGCACGUGAAUCUACUGAAUAAUGCACGUUUUCUACCGAUAACGCUGGGUUUUUUUUCGUUUUAAUACACCACGAUAACGGACAGAAAACACACAUUGUAUGCAAUAAUAAGUAUUUAUAAUAUUCUUGACCUUGAAAAGAUAGAAAAUAAACAUACAAAUAAGGAACUAUUUUUACUGUGCAUUCAUUGCCGUAUAAAAUUAGGUUACGACAGCUGUUCUAAUUUACCCGCCGUUGAGAACAACGAGAGAAAGAAAAGAGAAAAUGCUCUUGAAUAAUCAAUUUAUUUUAGCAGAAAUGUAGAUUUCAAUGAAUGUAAAUAUAAAUAUUUUGAACAGCCCCAUUGCAUACCAUACCCCCAAUAAAAUGCAACAUGUCGAAUUUUAAUCCUUAAAUAAUUCAGUUAUGCAUGAAAUAUUGUGGUUGUUUCUUUGGUUUGCUUAUGUAUUGCCAUUAAAAUCUCUUUAGAUUAGUCAUUUACCUACUAGUAAACCAGAGACUAACACAAGCUAUUGUUUUUAAGAGUUUAAAUACUCGUUGUUAUUUAUUGUGUAGUUAUAUACAAUGAUUUUUAAAACUUUUAAUAAAGUGAAAAAGUCA